CGACGUUUAUAGACUAACGCGUACUUGUAUGCCGCGGCUGAACAAGAACUCGCGGCAUUGAGGCGGGGUUAGCGUCAAUGCUUCACUAUUGAGACACUAGGAUAGGAUCCUCGUUGAAAGCUCCAAAGGGAACGAUCCUCAUUCCCUCACCCAACAACGCAUGCUUGGCUGGCGUCACUUAUCAACUUGCUUGCUCCAGCACAACUCAAGCGUAACACUUCGAACUAGAGAGACGGAAGCAUGCGCAGCUUUCGACUUGUAUACGACGAGUGGUUGCAUCGCCAACCACUUUUGACCAAGAUGGUGACGUCGUCCGUGCUCUUUGGACUUGGAGAUCGAAUUGCUCAGCGCGUGGAGAAGAUCGGCAAAAGUGACGAUGAACUCGAGGAAAUAGCGAAGGACAAUGUUGUCAAAGAGGGUCAUCUCAUCAGCGAGAGCGCAGCGAAAACCAUCCGCAUGAUGGUUUGGGGAGGAAUGAUCAUGACGCCCAUGAUGCACACCUGGUACAACAUGAUGGAGAGGGUCUUCGUUGGCUCAGGAAAACUCGCUGCAGCUAAGAAAGUUGUAGCCGACAUGGUCUUUGUGGCACCGCAAAUGCCCAUUUGGUUCUAUACGAGUAUUGGCCUCAUGGCAGGCAGGACGCUGCAAGACGCUUUUGAAGAUGCAAUCGAGAAGCAACCCAUGACGCUCAUGGCUAACUACAUGCUGUGGCCUGCAGCCAACUCAAUCACGUACGGCGUUAUGCCACUCGAGUAUCGUCUUCUGUUCGCAAACUGCAUCCAUCUCGGCUGGGCCUCCUUCCUCUCCUACACGGCAACUCAUCCUAUCCAAACACCGUCGUUCUUGCCUUCGUUCACGUGGACAGUAUCAGAAGCUUCUAAAGAUCACGAGAGCAAGAAAUCAAUCGUUUCUCAUGCCUAGAUUCCUAACAAAUAUCGAGCACCAUCUUACAAAUUUACUUUUUCUAUGCAACAAAUGCGUUAGGCAUUGUCGCUAUUUGUACCGCU